AUGUGGCGGUGCCCCCAAGUGGCGACGCAGCAACCGCUGCUCCAGCUGCUGCAGCAACUGCGGCUGCUGCUGCUGCAGCAGCAACAGCAAUUCACGCUGCAGCGCUUCAGCCGGAGGCGCUGCCCUCUUAGGGUUUUGUUUGCUUCCAGCCUUUACAUUUUCUGCUGCUGGUGGCCUGCAGCAACAGCAGCAGCAGCUGCUGCUGCUGCGCCGGCGGCUGCAACAAGCAGCAGCAGCUGUUGCAGCACCUCGCCACUGCAGCAGCGGCAUUUUGCCUUCUGCUCUUCCCCCUACAAGCCCGCAGCAACUGCAGAAGCAACUGCAGCAGCGCAAGCAGCAGCAGCAAGGCUAUACAGCGAAAGCGUUUCUUCCUUACAUAGGCAGUCUUGCUCGCUGCAGCAACUGCAGCAGCAGCAGCAGCAGCAGCAGCGGCAGCUCUACGCGCACCAUCCUCGGAAGAAAGGCGCGAAGCACUGGAACCGCAGCAGACCCAAAAAGACUCGGCCCUCGUCAAUAAACAACAAGCCGACGCCUUACCAAAAGGACCCCACAGACUUUGCCAAUGCGCCUCCAGAGUACUUGGCAGUGCCUGACAAGGAUGGAUUGGAGGCACUGCGUGCUGCUCCGCUGCAGCAGCUGCUGCUGCUGCUGCAGCAGCUGCCGCUGCAGCAUAGGCGGGGCAGCAGCAGCUUGCUGAGGGCCCCAGUGCCUUGUGAUGUGCGCCCGCCCCGCGUAGCAGCAGCAGCAGCAGCAGCAAUUGCUGCUGCAGUUACUGCAGCAGAUCCCGAGGAAGCAGCAGCAGCAGCAGCAACAGCAACAGCGACAGCAACACCGGGGCUGCAAGUCGACGCUGCAGAGUACGCUAGAGCCCUCCGUGCUGCUGCAGAAGCUGCUGCAGCAAAAGCAGCAGCAGCAGAAGCCAAGCUUGCUGCUGUCUGCCCCGGGCAGCCCCCUGUUGCUGCUGCUGCUGCUGCUCCGGAUACAGAAGCAGCACAGCAGUUGCAGCGCCUCGCCAAGCAGCCAGAGCUGCACCAGCUGCUGCAGCAGCUGCAGCAGCUGGCAGAAAAAAAG